AUGUCUACUACAAGUUCACCAAAUGUUUCUAAUUCAGAUCUUGAAACAUUAUCGGAUCUUCUACGAACUUCUUCACCAAACCAACACAAGUCACCACAAAUUUCACAAUCUUUAAAUAUUUCUAAAGCUCAAGUAAUAAGUACACCUGAAGAUAAACUUAUUGAAUUACAAACACAAAAGAUUGAAUUACUUGAGAAAAGAGAUCAAUUAGUUAAAUCACGAGCAAAUUUAUAUAAUGAAGUAAAUGAUUUAAGAGUUAAAUUACAUGAUUUAACCAAAGAAGCAACAUUUAAUUCAAAUCAACAACAAUUGGAGAAAUUAUUGGAUUCAAAUACAAAAGCAUAUAUUGAAAAAUUGGAAUUGAAAAAUUUAAAAAAUGAUGAUUAUAUAUUGAAUAAUUUAAAUGUAUUACCUUCAGCUGAUUGGAAUUUACGUUUGGAAUAUAUUAAGAAAUUUGUUCCAUUUUUGGAAAUUGAUAAUAUUAAUACUUUUAAUGAAUAUCAAAAUGAACAAAUGAAGAGAAUUAUAGAAUUUAAAUUAAUAUUACCAUUGAUUUUUAAGUUAAAUAUAAAAUUGUUUAUUAAUUGUGAUAAUGAUAUAUUGGAUAAAAUUGAAGUACUGGAUUGUUUUAAACUUUCUUUGAUUUCAAGUUCUUUUACUCAAGUAUUAACAAAGAAUUAUAUACCCAAUAAAAAAAUCAAUAAUCUAAUGUAUGCGUUGAAUUCAUUUUCAAAGUUAUUACAUACAAGAAUAUCUAUAAUCCAUAAACUUUUAAAAGAAUUCAAAGAUAAUCUAUAUGACACUACUAAAUAUCACGAUCUAUUACUGGAUACCAUAACUGAUAAUAAGAGGAAAUAUGCAAUCUUACAGAAUAUUGAUGAAGUGGAAUUAAAAUUCCAUAUUAAUGAAAAACCGUUUAGACUAGUGUUGAAUUGGAGAAUUGUCAUGGGUGAUGUUAUUAUUGGAACUUGCCAAUCACUGAUUAGUUUAUACGUAAUUGAUGACAGCGGAGAUGGGAACAACUCAAGAAAUCUUAGCCAAAUUUAUCAAACUUUAUUAAGUCAAUAUGACGUUAUUACAUCUUUGAGAAUCAUCAUUAAAAAUAUAUUCUGA